CCCAGAACACUCCCCAUGACUAUACAGUACUUCAGGUCCAAACCACACUCUUGAGGAGAAACUGUAUAACGACUGAGCGUUUCCAACAUGUCGUCCAACAUGUUUCUGUACUGGGGUUCUGGGAGCAUUCCUUGCUGGAAGGCCAUGAUAGCGCUGGAAGAAAAGGGACUGGCUGGCUACCCGAAUAAGAAGAUUUCCUUCAGCGAGAAGGAACACAAAUCUGAGGAAAUCUUGAAACUCAACCCUCGCGGACAGGUGCCGACCUUCAAAGAUGGUGACGUUGUUGUGAACGAGUCCAACGCCAUCUGCUUCUAUCUUGAGAGAAAAUUUCCAGGCCAAGGUACAAAGCUGGUACCAACCGACAUCUCUGAGUAUGCCCGAGUCUUGCAGAGAGUUGCCGAGGUGGAUACCUUGAACAGUUGCGUCGUCAUAAACCUCGUUCAAUAUAGUUCCAGGACUCCCAAAGACAAGCUGGAUGAGGAGCUGUUGAAGACGAAGUACGAGGAUGUUCGGACUGAGUUGAAGAGAUGGGAGGACUACCUCGCGGCUAGCGGAGGGUACGUGGCCGGCAGCAACUUCACAAUGGCGGAUGUCUUCUUCUUCCCGUAUGUCGCCUUCGGGGUGAGACUCGGCAUUGACAUCUCGAAAUAUCACGCCAUUAGUGCCUACUACGACAAGGUCAAGGACAGGCCAUCAGUGAAAGCAACAUGGCCGCCACACUGGGCUGACGGACCCGGCGACUCUUCCAUCAUGGGACCCGUGUGAGGAGCGGUGGUCCAGAAUGACGACAGAGGUCGCUGCCUUCCAGCAUAUUCUACAACGCCUAUAUUUCUUCAGCUUUAGUUACGCUUCAGUAACAAUCAUAUUAUAUGUAUAUCGCACUUAAUGGUUUACGUGAUGUUCCUAUGGUUUGUGUUGGUACUUAAUAUUGCUUUUAACGCUAAUCUAGAAUUAUUGUAACACACGAACAUUUAGUGAUAAACAUGGUACACGGGUGGUCCAGCAGACUAAGGCUGCAUAGGGGUUACGCCCGCUAAUCGUGGGUUCAUCCCACGAAGAAAACAGUUGGUUUUUCUGAGCGGGAGAAUCAAUCUCCUAUACCCCGCCACGAAGAAAAAACGCGCGUCAAUGAAAGUCAAGUGACACAGCACAAGUUACUCGAACAGCGGUUUUCUAUCAGUUUCAAUUAGUAAUUCUUUUAAAAUGGCAGAUUGAAACAUGUCGGUAAGAUACAUUUGUUGCAGCAGUAUCACUCGGGGUAUAUGCGGUUUUAUGCGUCCCUCGACUGCUACACGUCUAGUUUACUACAAUACACGCCGCUAUAGAUACUGUUCCAAGCGAAUUACUGUUCCAAGCAGCGUUACAUGUUUAUCCAAACUCACGCUCACACACUCACUCCAAACCAAAGACGACAUCCGUGGCAGAAACGCAUUUAUUUAUCAAAAACAUUCAUAAGACUAUGAUUAUAAUAACCACUUUUUUCAUUAUAAUCAUAGUCUUAUGAAUGUUUUGACAGAAUAGUUGUGUCUAUUUUUUUAUGUUCAAUGAAUAGAGGGAAAUGUUUAAUGAUGUUUAAAAGACCGUGUUUGGGAAACGUUACGAUUGUGCUGUGAGAUAGUGUGCGUUCAUUGUUGUUUUAAUAAAAUAAUAAAUUCCAAA